AUGCCCAUUACCAUCACAUUAGCCCUUGGUUAUCUGACCAUACCAUUCAUCAUUAAGAGUUCGACGCGUGCUUUGACGACAGAGGAAGAAGAAGAAAGCGAACUUGGUACUCCCCGAUGGACAUUCUCUAAUACGAUCAGCAUCACUUGUUUUGUUCAAUCACCACCUACCAUCUAUCCAACACUCGAGAAGCAUGUUAUUCAACUUGCCCCUGAAGCAAACACAUUUGAACAAGAAACACUAGCGACACUAUCCAGUGCAUUGCAUCAACAUGCAAAAAAGCAACAUGGUCUUAUUACACUAACAGAUGAUCUAUUGGGCAUCUUGUCACCUACAGAUCAACCCAAGAUCUUUGUGCUACAGAUAGUGCAAUUCAACACAGCGCAUGUAGUGAAUACCAAGAGCUAUGCUUCUACACUUUUACCCGACUUGGAAAGUUCAGCCAAGCCUGUUGAAAUUAUGGAAUUAUGUCAGUUAUGGCCUAAUUCAAGCAGCCAGUUGAUAAAGAUAGGCUCACACAUUUACAAAAUGGCAUGUUUAUAUGGUUAUUGGGAUAAUUGGCGUGUAUUUGAAGGUAUCUGUCAUAGACAUCAAAUAAAUCCUGAGCAACUAGUGAAUAUUCAACGAUAA